UGCGCAGAAAGGCCGCCGAGCCAAAAUGACAGCUCUCUCCUCUUGUCUCAGUGGGAAGUCGACGCAGCUGGUUGAUUUCUGGACACUUCAAAAUGGAAAGGAAUACAACAUUAUUCAGAUAUUUGCAUGGAAUGUAAUGACUAUAUAUAUAGUUUCUGAAAUAUUAAUGUUUUUGUUGUAGUAUCCGGUUAAUGUCUUCAUGUAAUUUGAGUUGACAGUGUCUGUUUAGGUAGCUUGUUUGGUUUUUGUCUAUCAGCAAGCUAACUGUUAGCUACACGUUAGCGUUUACGAGAAGGCCAGACUUGUCUUUAUUUUCUGUCAUAAUUCACAUGAACUAGUUAGCUACCCCCUUUUACACAGGGAAUAAAUUAGCUAUACAUACCGUCGUGUUUGCGCUUGUUUUUUUUGGUUUAUUUUCAAACUCUUGAUUCUCUCUUAAGUGAUCGCAUUUAUUUAUUUUGUUAUUUUUUGGACAGUAAAGGACGCAAGUAACGUUUUUUUGUUUUUUUUGUCUUACUGUUUACUAGUCUUAGUUUCCUACCUUUUAUUUUAUGUGUUGAAAUAUCUGGUCAAAUUGCUUUUUUUUCCCCACCAUGUUUCUGAUAGGCGGUGUGUUGCUUUGGGCCAGUUUCUACGGUACAAAACUCUAAAAAAACAAACAAGUGAUUUCAGUCCAUUUGACAACUCACAAUCAGCAUGUUUUUUUUUGUUCUUCCCCUUCCGACGCGUUAGAUAAUAACAUUUAGUUACAUUAAAAACUCAGCGACUUCCAUUGAACUUGCUCUGUGUCAUUUUGGACAGCUUGUUGUAUUGAGUUCCCUCUUACAUAUGAUCAGUUUAGUGUCUGGGGACAUCGAGUGAACACGUCUGUGUCCCUUUUCGUUUCCACCAUGUCUUGUGUACAUUAUAAAUUCUCAUCUAAACUCAACUACGACACGGUCACUUUCGAUGGCCUGAACAUCACUCUGGCCGACCUGAAAAGACAGAUUAUGGGUCGAGAGAGACUCAAAGCUGUCGACUGCGGCCUACAAAUCACCAACGCACAAACUAAAGAAGAAUACAAAGACGACGAGGCCUUGAUAUCCAAGAACUCCUCUGUCAUCAUCAGAAGAAUACCCAUCGGAGGAGUCAAGGCUUCAAGCAAGAUGUAUAACAUUGAGCGUUUUUCAGAACAGAAUCACUUCCCCGUUCAGAACCUCCCCGUCGGAUCCUCCAAAGGAGAUCGUUCUUCAGAACACAGUCACUUUUCCAUUGGAUCCUCUAAAGGAAUUGAUGAUCAUGCUUCAUCUAUAUCACUGGCCCAACUUUCAAAGACGGCGAACCUGGCCGAGGCCAACGCAUCGGAGGACGACAAGAUCAGAGCCAUGAUGUCACAGUCCAAUCACGACUACGACCCCAUACAUUAUGUGAAGAAGUUGACCGGUCCACCUCCAGCCAACUACACCUGUUAUCGCUGUGGCAAGAAUGGACAUCACAUCAGGAACUGUCCUACUGGGAAGGAGAAAGGGUUUGAGCCGCCCCAGAGGAUCAAGAAGAGUACCGGCAUCCCCCGUUCCUUCAUGAAGGAAGUGGACGACCCGUCUAUAAAGGGAGCCAUGUUGACCAACACCGGCCACUACGCCAUCCCUACGAUAGACGCUGAGGCCUACGCUUUAGGUAAGAAGGAGAGGCCUCCGUUCGUCCCCAAGGACCAGUCCAGUUCCGAGGAGGACGAGGAUCCAGUCCCUGAUGAGCUCCUCUGUCUGCUCUGUAAAGACCUGAUGACUGACGCUGUGGUCAUUCCCUGCUGUGGCAACUCCUACUGCGACGACUGUAUCCGUACGUCUCUGCUGGAGUCAGAGGAACAUGUGUGUCCCACCUGUAGCCAAUCGAAUGUCUCCCCUGACGCGCUCAUAGCCAAUAAGUUCCUGCGCCAGGUAAAACUCUCUCAGGCUCCGCCUACUCAACCCUGGCCUUUAUUUAGUGAGGUAACGUGUAUGAAAUGUUCCACAACAUACAGGUGUCUUAAGAAAGUAUUCAGACCACUUGACUUUUUCCACAUUUUGUUACGUUAUACAGUCUUGCCCCAGUCUGACAGUCACUCCCUGCAGAGGACAGGUCCUCCUCCCAGACUUUCUGACGGACCAUCCCAUUGGGACAGGUACAGCCCCUCCGGUCGUGGCAGGAACCAUAGCGACCGCGCCCCUCCCUCCCAGCCUCCGCCCACCAACGUGCCACCCCUUCUCUAUAACCCUCCCUCCAUUUUCUCCUCCCCUCUUCCCCAUCCCCCAGGUGUCAUACCCCCCCACUACCCCCCUCCCCACUUCCCCCCGGGGCAACAGCCCCCCUCCAGCUACUCCCUGCCCCCUCCUGGCUACCCCCCUACCCCAGGAGUCACCAACCCUCCCUGGGCGCCCCCCAACACCCAGCCCCCCCUCGCCGGGAAGCCAAUCCCCUCUUCCUUCCUGUCCAAGGAUGAGUUCUACAGACAACAGAAGAGGCUGAAGGAUAACUCCGACUGUCGCUACGGUAACCGGGAAAAGUCCAAGCUGGAUGAGUUCACCAACGACUUUGCCAAGGAGCUGCUGGAGUACAGAAAGAUCCAGAAGGAGAGACGACGCUCUUAUUCCAGGUCUAGGUCGUCCUACAGUAGCUCAUCCUACUCCAAAUCCCGUUCCCGUUCUCGUUCGUACUCCCGUUCCUCCAGUCGAUCCAGAUCCCGUUCCAGAUCCCGUUCCAGAUCCCGUUCCAGGUCUUACUCCCGCUCUUCUCCGUACUCCCGCCGCCACGGACGACCUCGCGGCUACCGCUCCCGUUCCCGUGGCUACCGCCGAUCACGCUCGCCGCCGCCUUUCAGAGACGGUGGAGGGCGGGACGGGGGAGAGGACGGGGACGAGGUUACCGGUCACGCUCUAGAUCACCUGGCCAAGGGGGAUACCGGACCCACACUCCUCCACCCCCAAGCUCCCGCAAGCCUGCCGCUGCUGGAGCGCCACCGGAGGGUGAGAGGAAGUACCCGGGCCGGACCCGGGAGAGGGAUCGGGAGCCGGCGGUGUACGACCGGGGUCCAGAGCACAGACCCGUACGAGAGGGAGAGGUACCGGGAGUGGGAGAAGGAGUACAGGGAAUGGUAUGAGAAAUACUUCAAAAACUACAACUCCCACAACCCUCCUCCCAAUAACCCUCCUCCCCACAGGGGCCGACCCCCCCUUGGUUUCGCCCCCGCCCCUGUGACACCCCCAGCCGGACGAGACAGAGACCCCUACAACCCUCCUCCACCCUCGGACUUCUACCCCUCCCCCCGACACCGCCUGGACCGUGGAUCCUCCCCCUUCAGUCGAGGGAGGAGGCGAGGUGAGGGCUAUCCUCCUCCCCCCUCACACCCCUCCCCCAGGGGCAGGAACCAGCCAAUGACUUACCAGGAGAAGUGUGCUGAGCAGUUUGGAACUCUGCCGCUGUCCCGGUCAGCCAAUCAGGAUCAUCAGACGCCACUGAAGGUCGCAGACAGAGAUCCGUCGUCGAGCGUCGCCUCUCCCGCGGUCACUGUGACCUCCGACCUGAAUGAGCAGAAGCACAGGAAGAGGAAGAAGAGGAAGACUGAGCGAGGGAGAGGGGAGUCCUUCAGUGCUUCUGACUCUACGGACGACGCUCGGAAAGAAGAGACAGAGGAGAAGAAGAAGAGAACUGGGAGUACUCCCAUUGGUUCGUCAAGCCAUGACGACUCCACCCCAGUACGGGACGAGCCAAUAGACAGCGACGCCUCAGACUCAGUCCCGGACAAAGCUGAUAGGUGGACCAGGGACAGUAAGGAGGAGGAAGUGAGGAGAAAGAGUGACAGAGUUUAUAAACGCGGACCGGACUCCAGCGUAGCGAGGAAAGACUCAUCGUCCAAGAGCUGGAAGACUGUUAGAGAGACAGACCGGGACCAGAUCGAUACAGACCGGGACAAGACUGGUACAGACCGGGACCAGAUCGGUACUGACCGGGACAAGACUGGUACAGACCGGGACAAGACCGGUACAGACCGGGACAAGACUGAACCGACCCCAAACCAAUUUAAACCUGUCAGAACCGACCCAGACCAGUUUAAACCCGUCAGAACCGACCCAAACCAGUUUAAACCUGUCAGAACCGACUCAGACCAGUUCAACACAGUUAGAACCGACCCAGACCAGUUUAAACCGGUUAGAACCGGCCCGGGUCAGUUUAAACCGUUCAGAACCGACCUGGACCAUUCCAGACCAGCCAAGGAGGAGCAGAGAGGGAAGAGAGAUCCAGGGUUUCGGCAGGACAGGGGCUCAGGGAGAGAGGACAAGCCCAGGAGAGAGGCUGACAUCAAGGUGGGUAGAGAACAGGAGAGAGACCCUGGCAAAGCUCCAGACACCAAGUCUGAGAAGAAGUGGAGGAGGAGGAAGGAGGAGGAGGAGAGGAGAAAGGAGGAGAGGAGUAUGUCUGAUAAGGAGAUGGAGGUGCCCCGAAUCAAAUCUCCCGGAGUGGAGCUCACCGAGACCGUAAAACCCUGCAACCUCAAACGUGACGUAGAGGAGGAGAGGGAGAGGGCUUCCGUAAGGCCUCUGAUGGAGAGUGGGAUGAAAGGAGGAGAACCUCAGAGGAAGAUUAAGCCCAACAGAGAAGAAGGGAGGAGGGCCGGCAAGCUUGCGGGCGUGGCCGGAACAGAGGCAGCCAAUCAGAGCAGCUAUAUAAAGGGAAGCGUGGAGAGGAGCAAAGCCAAGAGGAACCGUAAGGUCCUAGCAUCCGACGGACCGGGAACCACAGUGGACUACACCAGUCCCCCAGGGGGCAGUAGUCCUGUGUGUGGCGAUGGAUCAGAGGGCAGAGCAGAGCAGAGGAAGACUGUCGUUAAAACACUGGAGGAAUACACCAACGACAGCUCGGCACCUGCUGACGGACAUAUAGUACUCAUACAGGUCCCUCGCUCCAAGUGGGAGAAGGAGGACUACGAAUCAGAGGAAGAAGAAGGAGGAGGGGUCCGGGUUCAACUCCGCCCCCUGCUCACCCCCUCCCUCCCUUUCCCCCCUGGACCCCACAUCACCGUGACGACGGAGACUGAGGCAGGGCGAAGGAAAGAGAGGGACUGUACCUUUCCCAAGCCAGAGAGAACUAUGUCCCCCUCUAGUGGCAGGGACAGAGAAGACGGCCUGCAGGAUGGAAAACACUCCGGAGACCCCAUCCCUUCUGAGAGAGACGGAGAGACGGAGAGAGAGAGAGAUCAGUUAAAGGAAAAGGAGCAGGAGAGGGAAAGGGAUAACGAACGGGACAGAGAGCGGGAGAAAGAGAGAGAAAGAGAGAGGGAACACAGCCGUGCUUCUGACAAAGAUAUGGACAGACCGAGAAAGAUUCCCUCUUCCUCUCAGCGGCCGGAGAGGAGAGAGAGAGAAGGAGAGAGGACUGGGGAGAGAGGGAUCGACCACAGCAGCGAAAAGAGCUCCUCUCAGCGGCCGGAGCGAGAGAGGAGAGAGAGGACUGGGGAGAGAGGGAUCGACCACAUCAGUGAGAAGAGCUCCUCUCAGCGGCCGGAGCGAGAGAGGAGAGAGAGAGGAGGAGAGAGGACUGGGGAGAGAGGGAUCGACCACAUCAGUGAGAAGAGCUCCUCUCAGCGGCCGGAGCGAGAGAGGAGAGAGAGAGGAGGAGAGAGGACUGGGGAGAGAGGGAGCGACCACGUCAGUGAGAAGAGCUCCUCUCAGCGGCCGGAGCGAGAGAGGAGAGAGAGAGGAGGAGAGAGGACUGGGGAGAGAGGGAGCGACCACAUCAGUGAGAAGAGCUCCUCUCAGCGGCCGGAGCGAGAGAGGAGAGAGAGAGGAGGAGAGAGGACUGGGGAGAGAGGGAGUGACCACAGCAGCGAAAAGAGUUCCUCUUCCUCCUCACACUCUUACUCACGAGAUCGUAAACCUUUUUCUUCUUCCAGGGACCACAAAGCGACCUCUGACCCCAGAGCCAGGGAGCACAGAGACCACAAACAUAAAGACCACAACGACCAGAACUCCUCCACCGUUGACCGUAACACCAACUCUACUGACCGUAGACCACUAGACGACCAGGAGACCACCAGAGAACACAGAGACCACCUCGACCCCAAACACAAAGACCACAGAGAGCUAGACAGUGCCUCUCCCGUCUCAAAGAGAGCCCUACCCCCAUCGGAACCCUCCUCCUCCAGCACCCAAAGAUCUCAGGGAAGCUCUGAGCCCACCAGACCAAGCGAAAGCAGCCCUGGCAGGGACACGACGCAGGACAGAUACCCCUCUCCUCAGGUCUCCAUCUCUGUGGAGAACCAGCCCGCGAGGGGGAAGGCUGAGGGAGAAGAGCCCAGAGUAGAGCGCUCCUCAGCAGGGAGACAGAGCCAACAGGCCAGCCUAGGAAACCUAGAGAAGGAGAUGAGUGGUGGAAAGCCCCACCAACACCCAGCCUCACUCCUACAGCCCCCCAGGACUGACAACAGGGCAGGGGUGCCCCGAGCUGUCAGAGAGAGAGAGAGAAAGAAAGAGAGAGAGUGGCAGAUGCAAAAGAUGAGGGAGAUGAUGGAGAAGGAGAGAGAUGAGGAGGGAGAUAAAGAGGUCGAUAGGGAGAAGGAGAGAGAGAGAGGGGUCGAAAGGGAGAAGGAGAGAGAGAGAGGGGUCGAAAGGGAGAAGGAGAGAGAGAGAGGGGUCGAAAGGGAGAAGGAGAGAGAGAGAGGGGUCGAAAGGGAGAAGGAGAGAGAGAGAGGGGUUGAUAGGGUGAAGGAGAGAGAGAGAGGGGUCGAUAGGGAGAAGGAGAGAGAGAGGGGGGUCGAUAGGGAGAAGGAGAGAGAGAGAGGGGUCGAAAGGGAGAAGGAGAGAGAGAGGGGGGUCGAUAGGGAGAAGGAGAGAGAGAGGGGGGUCGAUAGGGAGAAGGAGAGAGAGAGGGGGGUCGAUAGGGAGAAGGAGAGAGAGAGGGGGGUCGAUAGGGAGAAGGAGAGAGAGAGAGGGGUCGAUAGGGAGAAGGAGAGAGGGAGGGAGAACCCUAAAGUCAGACCUCCUCCCUCGGUCCCUUCUUCCAGACCUCCUCCCUCGGCCCCUUCCAGACCCCCUCAAUCGGUCCCUUCUUCCAGACCUCCUCCCUCGGUCCCUUCUUCCAGACCUUCUCCUGACCUGGUCAGAGAGACUGAUGAGGCCUUCGAACCUGACUACAGCGAGGGAGAGAUCUCAGAGGGGGAGGAGGAAGGAGAGAGAGCUCUGGAGGGAGAGAGAGCUCUGGAGGGAGAGAGAGCUCUGGAGGGAGAGAGAGCUCUGGAGGGAGAGAGAGAGGUGGAGGGAGAGAGAGCGCUGGAGGGAGAGAGAGAGGAGCAUGGGGGGGACAGCGGCAGAAGUCGUAGCAGCAGCGCCAGCUCUGUCGGUAGCCUGGGCAACAAGAAAGACAAGAAGAAGAAAGAUAGAAAAGAGAAGAAGAAACAGAAGAAGAAGAAGAAGAAGAAGGAUAGAAAGCAGAAGAGACAGGGGAGCCUGGACGCUGAGGAGGGAGAGAUCACGGGACUGAAACACAAGAAGAAGAACAAGGAGAAUGAGAGAGAAGAAGAAGAGGAGGAGGAGGAGAGAAGAAGACCAAAUGGCUAGCGUGGCCUUAUGAGACGUUUUCGUUGUGAAGCAUUUUUCGACACGUUUCAGCCCAAGGCUCGUGACCCCUAAACCCUUAUUCCCUAACUAGUGCACGACUUAAGGACAAGCCUAGUGUACUAAGAAGGGAAUUCGGGUGCCAUUUUUCGGAGGAAAGAGACUUGGUUUUCUUCCCUCCUGUCAGUGAACUGUAAGGUCCUCAGAGAGGCAUCACACAGCCUGUAUUCCAAACACCUAUUCCCUAUAUAGGGCCCUAUGUAGGGAACGUGGGUGUCAUUUGUGACGGGACACCCCGUAGUGUAGAUCGUAAAGAGGACUUAAACCGCUCUGCUCUGCAAGCUGUUCACUCUAGUUCAACACUUUCAAGGGGGAUGUUUAGUUUAGUUUUUUUUCGCUGAGGAUUUGGAAUAAUUUAAUGAAUUUAAAGGCUGAUGUAUAAAAUAUAUAUAUAGUUGUUUUUUGGACUCUGCUAAAGCAGAGGCUGUUUGCUUGGACGAGUCGGUUUACUUGAAUGAUGCUAAAGCAGAGGCUGUUUGCUUGGACGAGUCGGUUUUACUUGAAUGAUGCUAAAGCAGAGGCUGUUUGCUUGGACGAGUCGGUUUACUUGAAUGAUGCUUCGAACUUUGAUUUCAAAUUUUUUUUUGUGUGUUUAAAAAAAAUUAAUAAAAGGAUGUUAUUGCUGAA